UAUAUAUACUAACCUAUCAUAACCUAAUAUGGUUGCGUGAUAUAAUGGUUUUAAUUAAAUGCUCUCUAUUUAGGAUAUCAUAUUUUUCUUCUAAAAGAUAAAAUUUGUUAAUAUUUAAAUAAGUGAAGCUAUUUAUUCGAUCAAUUAAAAAAAAGGUAAAUAUCAAAAAACAUUUUAUUUGAACUGAGAAGAAAAGUCUGAAAGUUUUGUUUUAAAAAAUAUCAUCAUCAUUAUCAUCAAAAUGCAAAGUGAACAUGAUAUCAAAGUAAAAAUUAUGUCAAAAAAUGGCUGUGUAACAAUGACUUUAAAUUCAAAUUGUGAAAUGCAUCAAUUUAAACAAAAAUUAGCAGACUCGGCUGGUAUACUUGUGGACUCUGUUGUGAUUAGUAAAGGUUAUUUGAAACCCCGUGAGAUUGUUGAUUUUAGUGUGGCAGAUGCUAAAAUUUCAGACUGUAAUAUCAUUAAUGGUGAUAUAUUUUAUGUUAAUGAAAAACCACCUGGUGAAUUAAAACGCGAAGACGUUCCGAGAAAUGAAGUGAUUAAUACUGAAAUAUUUGGUGAAAAUAAUGGAAUGCUAUUGAAAAAAGUUGUUCCUGGUGAUAAUUCAUGUCUUUUCACUAGUAUUGGCUUUGUUAUUAACGGUAAAGUUGAACCAGCUUGCGCUAAUUAUAUGAGAAGCCUAGUAGCAAAUGCAGUGGAACAAGAUCCAGAAGAAUUUUCUGAAGCCAUCCUUGGUAUGCCUAAUGCUGAAUAUUGCAAAUGGAUUAUGGAACCUGAUGCAUGGGGUGGAGCAAUAGAAUUAUCAAUUCUUUCCAAAUACUAUGGAAUAGAAAUAGCCGUUGUUGAUAGUAUAAAUGCAAUAAUUAAUAGAUUUGGCGAGGAUCAUCAUUAUCCUCUUCGAGUAUUUCUCAUGUUCGAUGGAAUUCAUUUUGAUCCCCUCUAUUUAGAAAGAGAAGGAGAAGCUAAUCAGACAAUUUUUCAAUCCACUGACAAUAAUAUAUUACAACAGGCUGAAGAAUUGGCAAAGGAAGCAAACUCUAGUCGUCAAUUUACCGAUGUUCAAAAAUUCACGCUCAAAUGUUCAGACUGUGGUAUUUUUUUAAGUGGACAAGUAGCUGCCUCUAAUCAUGCCAAGCAAACAGGUCACACCAAUUUUGGUGAGGUAAUGCCUUAGCAUAAAAAAAAGAAAAUAAUACAUUGGUAUAAAACUCAAAAAACAGUUCCAAUUUAUCAUAGAAUCUUGUACAAACAGCAUUUAGUUUUCUCGUAAUACUUUUUAAUUUACCGAUGAAAAACUAGAUAUAUAUUUAUAUAUAUAUAUAACAAAACUUGGGCCUUAAUUUUAAUUGUAAAAAGCAAUUUUAAUAAUUUAAAAAAUUGUUAAUUAAUUUAAAAAAAUCUUUUUUGGAUUUGAAACCGAAAUUUAUUUACAAAAUUUUAUUUGUGAUAUCAAAACGCAAUCUACAAUUUAUAAAUUAUUAAAGAUAUUUAUAUUAUUAUAAAUAUCUCUUAAAUAAUUAGGAUUGAAUCUAUCAUUUUUUAUUUUGGUAAAUCAAAAAAAAUUUAUAGUAAUUGUAAAUUAUUUAUAGGAAUAUUGUACACAUUUAUUGUCAUGUAUGUAAUCAAUGAAUUUUUGAAAUUAAAUUACUAAAAGUAGUCUUAUAAACGUAAAAUUCGAUUGUUACGCGUUCAAUUAGACUAUUUUUAAAUCAUUAAUUUUUUUACUUAUAUAUAUUUUCAAGUAAUUUGAGAAUAAGUUAGGAAAUUCAACUUUAUAGGUAUAAUCUUUCAAUAAAAUUAAAUUACUUUUUUUUCUGUUAUUUAACAAACAAAUAUUUUGUUACUUUUUUUCAAACACUGCACGUUUAUUAAAUAAAAUAUCUUUUUGUAUUAUGUAA